AUGAAUGUUUCGGAGGAAGAAGGGGAGGAGACGCCGUUUGAGUCGGUCCUAGAGGAGGAGGAAGUAGUGGAUGAUGAAGAGCACGAUGGACCUGCUGCGGAUUUUGCCAGCACAGCGAACCCUUUCGGAGCCUAUGAAAUGGCACUGAUGAAUUACCUCCACGAAGAAGUACACAACUGCAUGGAAAAAGGAGCCAAGAAAAUGUAA